CUCUCUCUCUCUCUCUCUGUGCUGAGACUGUGAUCUUCAAAAUUCACUUUUUCAUCGACUCCAAAUCCCAAAUCUCUCUCUAUCUCUCUCUCUCUUACUCUGCAAUGAGUUCCUCAGAAACCCAAAAGACCCCUAAACGCAAUCUCUCUCUUACCUUCAAAUCGGAAAAACCCCAUAUAAACCCAAAGCUCCGAGUCGUAGACGACGACUCACUGAGCACCAAAACCCCAGAGAAGCUCCAACACUUCCGUCACAAAAGCCUCCGCGAGUCAACCCAGAAGCAACCAACAGUCCAGAUCGACUUUGCUAGACGAAAGAUCGAAUCUUGGCCCGACGAAAACCCAAAUAAGACCCAUGUUGGUGCCUCCGAGAAGCUACCAGAAAAGUAUGAGAUAUUGGGUGAGUUUUUUGAUUGCUUGGAUGCUUCGAUUCGGUUGUUGCGGUUGAGGGGUUUGAUGACGAGUUUUUCCAAUAUUUGCCCAAAAAUCAAGUGUUUGACAGAUAGGAGGUUUACAUAUAGUCACUUGGCUCAGCUGAAGUUUAUUUUUCCUGAGGCAAUUGAGAUAAAGAGGGUGCUUGUUAAGAAUGAGAAAACCAAUUGUAUGAAGCCAGAUCUUCAUGUUACCUUGAAUGUUGAUGCGGUGGAGAAUGACGAGUUGAAAUCUGAAGGUGGUGAGCAUAUGCAUUUGGGGAAAGCCUUUCGCGAGCGGCUUGUAGAUAUUUCAAAGUUCCAUCCUGAGGGUUAUGAAAUUCCAAAAGAAACUCUGCCCCAGCCAUUCAAUUGCGCAAAGCAAGAUAUCCAUCCAGAUACUAUUAAGUUUCCCUUGUCACCAUCUCCCGAGGUAUUGACUGAUUUACACACGGUUGAAAAACCAGAAGCAUCAACAACCCGCCUUCAAGGUGAUGAAAUUCCAGAUGAAACACAUCAAAUGCCAUCUAAUCAGUCAAAGGAAGGUGUGAAUUCCAACAUAAGUGGAAUUCCCGUCCCAUUAUUACCCAUUGAGACAUCAUUUGAAGCGCCAAUAGAGCAGCAACCAGCAAUGACAGCUCAUUUAUCUCAAUCUUUUCGACGGCACUUUUCUAAGCCAUCCUUCCAAGCUCGAAAUGUUUCAGUUCCAGAGUCCAAUCUCAGUAUAGUUUACUCAGUUGAGGAAGCUAGUACUGCUGCUUCAUCGUAUGGCAAAGUACCUGCUACACCAGCCGAAGAGAUAGGCUCCAUAGAAAAUGAUAUUGGUUUAUCCACAAGAAGUGCUAACAUUCAGUCUACUCCAGCUAGUACUGCUGCUUCAUCAUAUGGCCAAGUGCCCGCUACUCCAACCAAAGAGAUAGGCCUCAUAGAAAAUGACAAUGGUUUGCCCACAAAAAGUGCUAGCAUUCAGUCUACUCCAGCAAAGCUUGCUUCAACUCCAGCCAGGUUGAUGACUGUUACACCUGCAUUGCACCCGCCAAAGCGCUGUUAUAUGAGCCCAGAUGAUAAUUCUACUAGCUCACCAGAAAAGUUGGUUAGGCGACCUCCACGCUCCAGGUCAUUGAAAUUUGACACUCCUGUGAAGAACAAAAAGGUCGAGGAUGAAGCACUUGAUAUGGACGGUGCAUCAUUUGAUAAUGGCUUCUCUGAUAUUCUUCCAGAGGAUCUUUUGCAAUUGCUUAAAGAUGAGGAGAGGAAGGAAAUAGAGGAGCAAAAUCCUGACGUCUCACAAGCAAAGAGGCAGCGGCAGAUGAUUUCCAGCCUGCCUAAGCUCUUCAACACGAUUCAUCUCCUAUUUCAGUCAAUGAACUCUUCUGCUAUCACAAAAGAGGAGCUUGUACACAAAAUAAUUUGGAUAAACUGUGAUUUUGUUGACAGAAAGGAAGUUGAAGAGCAGCUUAACUUGUUGCUAAAGCUGGUUCCAGAAUGGAUUUCUGAAAAGAAGUUAGCACCUGGAGGAGAUUUGCUUUUGAUCUACAUUAAUAAAACGUCAAAUCCGGAUUCAAUACGUGCGCGGCUUGAAGAAGCAAUGUAAGCUGGACAACGCUAGGUUUUCUGAAGUUAUUUACUGUAAAAAGCAGAUUUAGGCCCUAUUUCAUUAGCCAUCUUGGAAAUAUUUUAAUUAAUCAGUUGUUCAUGUAAAGCACAUCUGCGUGGCUUACUAUUAGUAGUAUUAAGGCUUUGUCAAGAAUGUUAUUUAACAAGAAGAUUAUGGAAAUAUAUAUUUCUUUUCUUUACA